CUUCAAAAUCAAAGUCCUAGUCUCCAACUUCAAGCUUAAGAUCAAAAUGAGUGUAGAAGUAUUGGAUGCUGCCACCAUCUUCAACUUCGUGGAGGAUGAAGAAGCAUUCAAUGUCUCAAUACGUGACCGUUUUGCUCGCCUUGACACAGACCACGAUGGUCUUCUCUGCUAUGCUGAGAUGUUGAAGGAGCUGCAGAGUCUGAGGGUCUUUGAGACCCACUUUGGGAUAGACGUGAAGCCUGACCCAGAUGAGCUUGCUCGUCUCUAUGAUUCCCUGUUCAUGCGGUUCGAUCAUGACUCCAAUGGGGCAGUUGAUCUGGAGGAGUUCAAGGAGGAAACCAAGAAGAUGAUGCUCGCCAUGGCUAAUGACAUGGGCUUCUUGCCAGUUCAGAUGGCCCUCGAAGAGGAUAGCUUCCUCAAGAAAGCUGUUGAACGUGAGUCCAAAAGCCUGCCUGUUCAAGUUCCCUAGAAACUAUUGCAUCCUCCAUGUUUUACACUAUAGUGAAGUAAUUUUGCUUUGGUUUUGGUUCCCCUGUUUCCUAAAAUUAGAUCGUAGUAUUGAUGGAAAUAAACGAGAACUUUGUUUUGUCCGCUAAGAUGGUAGAGUUCUAAAGAUAGAGAUGCCUAUAAAUUUUACUAUCUGAAUUACUAGCAAUUCGAACAAUAAAUAUAAG